AUGGAUCAAUCAUCAUCACCAUCAAUUACAAGAGGCAUACUCACCCUUUACCCAGACCUCAUUGAAUACAUUACAAGCAUCUUGCCAGAUGCCGACAGACAUAAUCUGGGCCGAACAUGUCGAUAUUUAAGCUUGCUAAUCCCACACCAGACCUGUGCAGUUCUGUCACCUGAUAUCCAUAACAUCGCUGCCUUCAGAAACCUUGCAAACGACUCGAUUCGCCGGAAGGAAGUCACAACAAUUGUCUACGACGAUGCACGCUUAUACAGGCCUUCGACAGACGACCAUUAUCACGGUGUCCCCGCCGUGCCUCCUGAGGAUACCCACGAUCUCGAUAUUGGCGACGAGACUGGGGUUCCAUCCUGGUACCGCAAAGGCUAUCGUAUAAGCUUGAGGUUUAUAAAGGCGUAUGGCCAUAGCCAACAACAGCGUUUCGAAGUAGCCCAGAGAUUUCUGAAUCCUUUGAGCCCGAGAGAGUCAUACGAGAUAUACCAAAAUUUGGGCGCCCAGCAAGACCACGUCAUUGCCACAGGCUUAGACAUUGUUACUCUAAGAGAAGGACUCGACAAAUUCCCGAAUUUGCGUAGGGUGAUAUUGACACCUGCAGCUCACGGAACGCCCGUUAAACCUUUAUUCUAUACGCCCAUGAUUAACCGCCUGCCUCGUGAACUGAUCUAG